AUGUCGGACUCGGACGAACUUUGUUCAAACUGCACGAAAGUUGACUUCUACACCCUGUUCACGGGGCCUCGUCACUUCCCAGGAGAUGGCUUCGACCAACGAGCCAGAGUCAACCUUGGCACUCUCGCGGAAACGAAGGCCAACACAAGAUGCCCUGCCUGCCGUCUUGUCAUCCAUGAUUUGUACGCUGGGGGCCAGCUGACGCAUCCAUGGGAGCACUGUGGGGAUGAGGUGGAUCCUUCCCAGGUCCAGGUUGUUGCCGUCCCAAUGCGCGGUGACUACUACGAGGAUAUGAAGUACUCCGACGCCAAGAGGAAUGACAUGCUAGCAAAAAAUCUACAGAUUCGUUUAAGUGAACUUGAGGGCUGUUCUCCAGAUUUGACCAGAAGGAUCCGUCGCCAUCAAAUAGGUCCUGGCAUUCGGUUGUUGUCUCCCGAUUCGGUGGUCCCUGAGAGAACCCUGAUCAACGGUUUCCAGGCUACGGACAGAGAAAAUAAUCUGACUCAUACACGAGUGGAUGAAGACAUGUCGGAGGAACCAGGUGCCCAACUGGCAGCGGCGCGGCUGGACAACAUUCGAUUUAUUGAUGUGGCAGAGCGAAAGCUGGUGGAGCGCAAGCUCACCGAAGUGCCCUAUGCAGCGCUGAGCUACGUAUGGACGCAGUAG